AUGGCUGAAAAUAAGAAGUUGCUAAAUGCAUAUAUUUACGAUUUUCUUUUGAAAUCAUCACUAGACGAGACUGCCCAGCUUUUCAAGCAAGAGGCUGAUCUUCCAGAUACUAAGCCCGAGAUGGAUGCACCUCAAGGAUUUUUGUAUGAGUGGUGGCAGAUUUUUUGGGAUAUCUUUAACGCCAGGACUCACAGAGGUGGCUCUAAUUUGGCUGAAAAGUACUUCCAGAUGCAGUUGUAUAAACAACGCCAAGAAAAUUCGUAUCGUGGAAUGGCUAUGCGUGCAGCUGUGCAGUCUCAGCAGGCCGAGCAACAUGGUGAGUUUGACCAGGAGGGAUUCGAUCCUAUGACGUUUUCAAUGAUGAUGGCGGACACGCAGAAUACGAUGAUGCAAGGGAUGGGUAAUAAUGCCCAGGUUCCCACAGGGAUGGUUAGUGGAGGUGCUUCGUUUUCUAAUGCUGGUGCUGUACCUCAUUCUAUGCAGCAGCAGCAGCCAAAUCUGGUGGCGCAACCCGCAACCGGACCUAUAGAUACGAUGGGCCAGCAGCAGCCGAUGGGGCCGGUGCCACAGAAUGCGAGAAUCCCGACACCAUACUAUGAUCAGCGAACUUCUCCGCCUCAUAAGAUGAUGGCAGCGGCGAUGGCGCCUAUGGUUGGUGGAAUGAUGUCUAACCCUGACCAGCAGUUGGAUGCGCAAUCUCCGUUGCUGCGACAAUCUCAACAGCAGACUCCGAACUCUAACCUCUCACCUCCUGCACCUUUGAAUGCUCCUCAGCAGAUCCAUGGCGGGCCCAUGUUCCAAAAUCAACCUCCGAUAUAUCCGUAUAAUGUUGCUGGGAACAUAUACCCCAUGCAACAGAAUUCCAUGGCGCAGCAGUAUGUUCAAUCGCCUAUUAUGGCUAUGCCGACUAGUUCUACGUCUGGGUUUGCUGGAGUGCCAACCGAAGCUGCGAAUAUGGGUUCUUCAACUUUACAACGUAAACGUAAAAAGCAGCAAGCCUCUCAUGCGGCUCAGGCUGGGACGCAACAGAUGAUGCAAACAUCUAAUUCCCAGAACCAAAAUGUUGAGAAGCAAUUCACAAGUGCACAUGCGCUUCAUAACUAUCGUCGGCAGUUGAUGGUCUUGGAGCGUGAAAAUAAGAAGGCCAUAUCGAGCAUCCCUACUGAGGGCCGUUCUGCUGGAAACACUCCAUUAGCUAACUCACAUGUAGCUGCGCACCAUUUCAGCAAUAAUAUGCUGCCACCGUCCGCUAUGAUUUCUCCACAGACUCAGGGUAGUCCUUUGUCUCUAGAGCUUGGCAAUCAGGGCGUUACCAAGGAAAGAAAAUAUUCUAGACGGAAGACAGAUCAGUCAAAGAAGUCUUUGUCCGAGCCUAACUCGCCUGCGACACCAUUAACUCCUUUCACUGGAAAUAAUCUCACCUUGUCUAGUACUCUCUCAACAGUGACUGAGGUGCCUCAUCAUGAGGCGGCUUUUUCCCCUCGUUCACUAAACGAGGAAGAGAAGAAAAGAACAUACUCAAAACCUCCUAUCUCCGCACAUUCUGCCUCCCCUAUUUCAACGGAAAGCUUAAUUGAUACUACUAGUUCCUCUGUGCGUAAGGGCUUUGUUCCCGUUACAGCGCAGACGGUAGCGGUGCCAGUGUCACUUUCGUCGACCAAAAACAGAACAGGCGGCAGGAAAACUCCAGGAUCAAGCGGUUCGUCUAACGGGAAAAAAUCAUCUGUCUCCUCUAUAUCCAUUACAAACUCUCUUAAUCCAAUGUCUGCACUUGCAGCUACAUCAAAUCUCAACACGGUUUCAACCGCCGACAGUUUGCUUGCUGGUGAUACACUGGUCGGAGAUCCAAUAGUUCCGAACGUUCUACCAAUCUCAAACUCCGGAAACGAUUUUAGUCCUGUAAACCAAACAGCUGAUAUUGACGGAUUACAGAAUGCUCCAACUCUCAGCGGCGAAGUUUCAUUCCAUUUCGACCAAGACGAUCCCGAUCUACUGUCUAAUGUUAAGAAAACAACUGAAACUGCCACAGAUUACGUUCACGACCUUUCUAACGCUAAUACUGAAUCGAACGACUCCGAAUUGCUAAAUGAAAAAGGCCAGAGUACAUUCAACUUAGAUUUCUCCGAUCCUAAUUCAACCUACAAUGACUUUAACUUUUUUCAAUUUAGUUGGCGGUAA